UUAGUUUGUGGUGGAACUGAAGCUUUUUCGUGAGGCGUGGUGCUUGAAAUGCAAACAACAGUUUUGUGUUAGGCGAAGUUGUGCACACUUUGCUACUGGAUGGUUGUUUUCGUCGUUUAAUGCCCAUACGUUUGAGUCAAAAUAUUUGCCCGUUGUGUACCGUUAAGCCUACCGACCAUGGACUUGGACGACACGGACACUCUCGUAAGUUGGACACUUACAGUGUUCGGCGAACUGCCCUUCGACCUUGUUGAAGAGACGUGGAUCAGCGCGGCGUGGGAUAACAGGUACACCGAUAUAAGUCUACCCGAUGUCGAUUUGUUAGAAGCUGUCGAGGGAAACAGCUAUGCCCUCUUGGACGCACUGUCAACUGCGUGCGACGUUUGCCAGAAGUGGUGUCGCUUUUCGGACACUGAUGUCGACGUAGGCGAGGAAGACAGUAGUCACGACAAGUUUUGGAGAACGCUCGUCGACAAUGGCGUCCAUUACAAAGCGCUGCUGGGCCUGGUAUACUUGGGAAUCGGGCAAGGUAACUCGCCAGGUGCCACCCUCGUCAAGAAGAAGAUAGCCUUGCGUUUUUCUAAGCUCUACUUCAAUGUGGUGCUUGUGCCGGGAAGCUCGGCGUACAGAAUUUUUCAGGAGAGCCUGUUCCAAAGCGCUAUCCAGUGCUUUCGUCUUCCGAGUAAGAACACCAACCUGAGCGGAGAUGGAACAGGAGCCAGAAACUCGUCUCAGAGCGGGAGCGCGCGAGGUGGCGGUCGCGGUAGGCGAAAGCAGUCUGCCACGGCUACCCCUGCUGACGACACUGACGCAAAUGAGAGUACGACUGUCGAAAGUGAGACGAUAUCUGAGUCGAUGCUUCUCGACUUUAUGACCUGUAUGACUGAUUCGCUGAAGGACCUCGUUUGGGCGCUGCAGACGUUCAGUUUGCGCUCCUACGGUGAGGUGACUGACUUCCUCAUCCAACACAUGUGCGAGCUGGCGCAGCUCGACAUUCCCGGUGCGGACGUGCGUUUCAACGUCGGCCUGGAGCAGCAGUUCCGCGGCUGCCACUACCGCCAGCUGACCUCGUACGCCUACUGCGCGCUCAAGCUUCUGUGCCUGCCGCAGCACGGCGAGCCCGCCGACAACUUCCGGACCAUCACCAAGAGCCUGAUGCCGCACCUGCUCAUGUUGGCCGCCGGCAACGCGCAGACCGUGACCCGGCCCUUCGCGAACAUCCGGGACAACGCGGUCGCCUUCAUCUGUCACGUGAUGCAGACGUGUGACGACACCCUCAAGGACAGCUUCCAGGACGUGGCCAUCAUACUGAUCCACAACGUCGCCUUCCACGCCGUGGACCGGACCGACUUCAGGCUGAAGACCACGCACGCCGUACUCAUGAUCAUGGGCGAGCUGACGGAGGAGCGCUUCAAGCGAGUCGUCCAGUGGUUCAUCAAGCUCACGACUGUGCCGUUGGCCAACCGUCGCAUCUUCGCCCUCGAGAUGAUCUUGGCCCUCAUAUGGGAUGAGAGGGUGGCUGACAAGCGGUCGGAACUGCUGCUUGCUGCCAUGAAGCGGUGCAACGACAAGGCAGCUACGGUCAAGACCAAGGCACUGUCCGUGCUUGCGAGUGUGACGAAUGAACAGCCUGACCUGUGGACGCCCCUGCUUAAGGUGUCCAACCCGGUCGAGCCUGGAGACGAGGGUGAAGGCGAACAGGUGGCCGUUGAGGACGACAGACUCUCUCAGCUCAUGGAGGUGCUCAAGUAUCGGGCGGAAGACUCUAAAGUGAACGUGCGCAAAGCGGCGCUCUCUCUGCUGCAGAACGUUCUCUGCGCCAGCGGUGACUUCAUCAAGGAGGAGUAUGUGGAGAUUCUGAAGGAGAGCUGCCUGGACCUGGCAUUGUUGGUGCGAAAGCAGGCACUUCACGCCUUAACCAAGUGCCUGCGCGCGCACCCAGAGGAGGAGCUGCUGCUGCGGUUCUGGUUGGAAGGGGCGCUUCCGCUGGUUCUGGAUGCAGAGAACACUGUCAUGGAGAAGGCUGUUGAGGCUGUUGAGGAGCUGAUCCUGGGGCCCUUGUGCCUCUUGGUACCGGGGCCUGACGCCGACCUGGCCUGGCGUUUGCUGGCCCAGGUAUCUCAAGGACCAUUCCGUGAACACCACAAGUACCUCCAGCAAGCUGUCCUGCAGCUGAAUCGUUCUGAGAAGUUGCGGUCCAAUCAGCUGAACGUCCUCAAAACUUAUGUCGGGGGUCUCAACGACGCCUCUGUCUGGCUGCUGCUUUCCAAGCUUUCUCUAUGCUGUGACCUUGGCCAGGGCAACUUUGCCUUCAGCUACUGGAAGCAGCAGUGGGAGGAGCAGCCGGAAGGGUCGAACAACAUGCGUGCCUCCAACGAGACGGUCAACCACGUGCUCAUCGUCCUCAAGAAAGUGUCUCGCCACUUGCCAUCAAAUGCACUCCGAGAGCUAAUUGCAGAUCUGGAGCAGCGGCUCUCCCAGCUGAGUCUCCCUGUGGAGGUUAUGGCUAACACGGUGGACUGCUUGCACUGUCUCAAGCGUAACCUGCACCGUGAGCGCCCCGAACUGGGCGAGCGUGCCGUCCAGGUGUGGUGCAAGCAGAUGCUGGACAAGUGCCAGACAUUCCUUUCGCAGGCCGUCAUGGGAGCCAAGGGCGAGGACAGCACACACACGGAAGAGCAACUGGUGCGUCAUCUCGUGCUCCUCGGGGAGGCAGCUCAGCCCGCGCCUCGCGCCGUCUCCAGCCAGCUCCACGAACUCGUCCAAGCGUGCAUGACCAGUUCGGGUAGUCCAGAGCCCAUGUCGGAGCCCGUUUCCAGGGGGGAUGCUGCCAUGUCGGAGCCUGACGCCGAGAAAAAUGACAUUAAGGAGAAGAAACCAGCCAGGCGAUCUCGGGCACGACUGCCGGGUGGCGGAAAAAGCUGCCUACGAGCCACACGGCGUGUUCGUGCACAUGCAGUGGUCGUGAUGGGCAUGCUCUGCAUACAGAAUGAAAUGCUCGCAAAGACUGUUGUGCCAACCAUGGGAAAUUCCCUGUCAAGUAGUCAGGACCCGAUGAUGCGUGCCAACCUGAUAGUCGCACUGACUGACAUGUGCAAGCGUUACGCCGUCCUGGUUGAUCCGUACUUACCCGUUGUGACACGGUGCAUUAAAGACUCAGUUCCAGCUAUUCGCAGCUUGGUCCUGACAUGUCUUCUGCAGUUGCUGCAGCAGGAUUUUGUCAAGCUGCACGGACGGCUCUUUUACCGUCUACUUUCAGCCCUUACCGACGAGAACCGAGAGAUUCGCGAGCUAGCCGAGUUUGGGCUGGUGGACUGUGUACUGAAACGGAAUACACAUGUCUUUUACCACCGGUUCGUGGAGUGCCUCUGCUACUUCAACUCUUACCGAGGUUGCAGUGGCCAGGCGUCGCAAGAAAAUGUUGUUGAGACGACCGAGCGGGACCGGCGCCUGUUCAGCCUCGAAGGCGAAGGGCGGCGCGACCAGCGUAUGGCGUUGUACCGCUUCAUGUUGCUCAACAUGCCGGAUGAAGAUAGGUUCAAGCUGACCCUUGCACUGACCCAGAGUGUGCUUGUGCCCUGUGCGGACGAGACAAACACAGGCCCCGGCAUGGAAGAGGAGUGUCCCGAGCUGCUGCACGACACAUUGUGGGUGCUGUGCUCCGAAGAGAUUAAACUGCAGACCAUUGCAGCUGCAGCUGAGGAUGCAGCUACAGAGGAGGACCCUGCCCAGGCCUUGCUGCACACCACACGCAAAACAAUACUUAGCACUGUGGUGCGGGUAAAUUUGGUGGAGAACGUGAUUCCCGUGGUCAUCGCUCUCAAGAACAAGUUGGAGGCCGCCCGGUCACCGCUGCUGCGGUCACUGCUCAUGUUCCUGCGCGAGCUGAUGCGCGACUACAAGGCGGAGGUCAAGGACAUGCUGUCGGCGGACAAGAAGCUGGCCAGCGAGGUCGCCUUCGACUUGCGGCGCCUGGAACGGGAGGAAGAGGAAGAGGCCGCAGCCGAGGGCCACCCGGCUGCAACACCAAAGACGCCUGCACGCGCUGCCAACCCGGAGCUCAGGGAACUGCUCGACACGGCGCGUAAGCUCAGAGAAGAGGCCAUCAAACGGCGUUCUAUUGUGGUGCUGCCAGAAGUGGCAUCCGAGGAAGGGAUUGCACAGCAACAGAAUGGCAAUGGCGAGGCCGUAACCGAAGUAGUCACCGAUUCAACUGCCGCCACGGAAAACGGUGUUGAGAGUAAUCCUCCGGAUUCAACUGCUGCCACAGAAAAUGGUGUCGAGACUAAUCCUCCAGAGGAAGCAACUGCCGACAAGACCUCUUCGAAACGCACACCCAGCGGGACACGGACAAACAGCCGGGCUAGCUCGUUGGCUAGCCUCAGAUCCAGCAAAGGUAGCUCCAAAGCCACUCCAACUGGACGACCGAAGAACUCGUCACUUAACAUAUCUACAGCGUCUGCAGCCAGUGAGUCUUCUUGCGAUGCCACAUCACUGAGGGGUUCCAACAGCCGUGCCAACAAGUCGGCACGAAAGGGGCUUGCGAUGGACCUAGCGAACUGUGAAGUACAAGAGCGGGCAAAAGGAGACGUUCCGACGGAAGACGUUGCACCGGAUUCCCCGCUGUCACGGUGUUCCAGUUUAUCCGAUCUCAGUGACAUCAGUGUGCUGUCCAACGAAGAUGCCACGGGUGGAACUAAGAAAAGAAUAAGAAAGAACAGCCAGACUCGGACAUCUCCUGAAGUUCGCACGUCUGGGAGGCUUCGCUCGCCAAGGAGGCGGUUUCCAAUCGAACUUGGCGAAACGGACUCGGUACAAAGCUCACCACCACAAAACUUGGCAUCGCCAGUCAUCGAUUCACCGGUGCAUUCAGACACGGAUGAUGGCGAGUUUAAGAAACCAGCAAAGACUGUGCAGCCUGCAAAAAAACUCGGUCGAUCACUGUCUAGUCCAAGUGGUACUCAGAGCAGUACGCCUGUGCUUGGUGACCGAAGAAAAAGGCUCUGUAAGUCUCCCGAUCUCAGUGUUAUUAAAUGACGUGCGUGUGUUAUUUUACAACUUCACAGCAAAAACAUAAGGAAGCAUAUGUGCUUUUUUUAUCGUGUCGUACUUUUAACAUUUUGUGACGACUGUGUAAUAAUGUACACAAAGAAUUUGUAUGUAUAUUUAUUUUUAACAAACAUUAAAACAUGAUGUAGGAUGGCGA